AUGUAUAAGAUAAAAGAUUUACCUAAUACGGUUAACUUAGUUAAUUUACGAGAAGAAAUUAAUGAAAACUAUACAUGUAUCAAAACAAAACAAUUACUCUCAACUGUUCAAACAACAAUUUGCCUGCAUGAUUCUCGUGACGCUGUUAGUAAAGAGAUUUUGGAAAAGAAAAUUUGGGAAGAAAAAUAUCUAAUAAAACUAUUAGAAUUUCUUAAACGAUAUCCGCAAAUGGAUUUUAUUGAUGCUGGAGCAAAUCUUGGUGCAUACACGAUGUUUGCAGCAUCAUUUGGAAGAUAUGCAAUUGCAAUCGAAUGUUUCAAACCUAAUAUAAAUCGAAUUCGUAAAGCAGUACAAAUUGAAAAACUUGAAAAUAAUGUUACAUUAAUUGGCAAUGCAAUUUUCUCUAGAUCAGAUCAUUUUUUAAAAAUAAAAUCUGAUCCAUAUAAUGUUGGUUCACAAGCAAUUAUUAUUGAUAGUAUUGUGACUUCUUCACUUAUAAAUGAUACAUAUGUGGUAAAAACAAUGCGAUUUGAUGAUAUUCUUCCAAUAUUAAAAUGGAAAAACAUUCGUCAUGCAAUAAUGAAAGUUGAUAUUCAAUGGGCAGAAAUAUAUUUAUGUCAAACUGGUGAUAAAGUAUUUGAUUUUGUAAAUAUACCUGUUAUUUUAAUGGAAUGGGAUAUUGGUGCUCGUCAUGAUGCUAGAAUGCGUUAUGUUUUGAAAUAUUUUCUAGGACGUGGCUAUGUUGCAACUGUCGAUAUGUGUAAAAUACUGGACGAAAAUAAUGCUCUUCGUUUUUGGCCAUCGGAUGUUUUCUGGAUGAAAAUGAACUUAUCGGAGAUUUGUUAG